AUGAGCGUAUCUGAUGCAGCACCUCCUAGGGAGGAAAAACGUCAUUUUGCGCCGAAACAGAGUGGUAAUCCGAACUUCGAUACUGGUUUACUGCAGCAAUUGCAACGCAUCUUGUCUAGUAUCGACCUCAUCAACGAAGGCGUGGCCAAUGAUUACCAGCCACUGCUGCAAUUUAUUCAAAAGGGCUUUCUUUCCCAGAUUGUUCAAGGCUGGUCGUACUUCGCACAAGUGAACAACCAAAAUAUGUUUGGAGACUGCACAGUGAAGCUUCUGAAGACGGUUACAGUACUGGCGUCUGACGUUUCUGUCCAAGAACAGGGCAGCGUGCUGAUCCGGGACUUGCUGUCGGGCCACUGCAAGGUGCUAUACCGCGGGCUGAGCUGCCAGAGAUCCACGGUGACGAAUCCAACACUGAAGCUGAUGCGGCAGAUGGUGGUCUAUAAUGAGGGAGAGCAUGCGGAGCUCUUUCUGAACUACUUUGAUUUGUCGGUCCCCUGCAUACAGCGGAUUCUCACGCCCAACAAGGUCGAGAUGAAGGACCUUGUUGCGGCACGGAAGAGCGCGCACACAGCCAUGCGCGCGAACUUUAUCAAAUUCUGGGUUGCAUUGAUUAAACAUACCCCGCCUCUUUUGCGGGUGGAUCUGCUCACCGAUAACUAUAAGACCAUGAGUAACUGGGUAAAGUACAUGUCGAAGUUGGACACAUACGAGGUGUUGGAAAUGACCGUCGAGUGUCUGAAAGAAUAUGUUCUCAAAGAAAAAUCAUUCAAGAAGGCUAGCAAAUGCAAGAUAAUCAACGAGUCUGUGCUGAAAACCAUGGUUGAGCUAUACCGUUCGCCCCAUAAGGCAUUGGUACAGAGUGUAAAUGAGCUGUUCCAGUUGUAUGCAACGGAUCCGCAAUUUGGCGUGGUUUUCCACGAUGAUAAGCUAUGGUUCGAUGAGCCCGUAUACCAUGCGCAUGGAAGUAGCGGUGCUGUCGUAACAGUCAACCAAAAGGAAUUCAGACUAUAUAACAAGCUCGUUUACACGAUGCUCACAUUCUUUAAACCGUGGGAGGACGAUUUGCAGUGCGGCACUGUUUUAAAAAUAUUAAGAAAUCUUCCUGAGCUGGUUCCACCUUAUUGCAACUACCUUGCACUUCAAGGGUAUCAUGAGCCGAAAAUGACUUCCUACUGGGUGGGCUUGACCCUGCUGUUGGGUAGAAUAAUCAAUCUUCCGAUGCCAGCGAUGCUCGACCAUCUACACACCGACCGCCUGCCGAAUACAUCCAUAGUGCUUGAGAACGUCAUGCCAGCAUCAAUUUCUAAACUUUCGUUGACUAAAUGCUUGCAGCAUGAUGUGAUGCUCGUAAAGCACUUCGGUUGUCAACUACUAGUUUUCUCUCUCAAAAAAUUUGAGAAGGUGCUUCAACUAUACACUGAAAAGGGCUGGGAAACAGCUAUAGCCAUAUUAGCCAACUCUUAUUGGGCUAUGCUCCCUGAUAUCUCGGUUAUUGUCACAGCAUUAAACGAUGUCUACGCCAAGGACCGCGAAAACAAAAUAGUUCCAUUAUCCUUAACGAUGGCUCUGCGGUACUAUAGUUCACUAUUCCCUAAUUAUUUCAACGUCAGCCUACCGGGUCAAAAUAUCUAUGAAGAUAUAAUGAUGCAGGAAUCAUUUAAGGGUGUGGACCUUGUUAUUCUAGACAAUUUUAUGCGGUACCAAGAAUUGAAUAGUUCCCAGAUAAAGUGGUGGCACUCUGACGGCCGCAAGCAUUCUUUAUUCAGCUCUCUAAUUCGUGUCGCGUCCUCUAAGAAUUCGACUAAUGUCAUUACUGUCAAAGUUAUAAGGUUGCUGGAUAGACUUUUGCAGUUCACUAUCUUUAUUAACAUGGACAAGCUUCUUGGCUCGUCUAUACUUGCAUUGGUUAACAGCUUAUCCAUUAUUUCGAAGAUUGAAGGUGUGGAUGACGAACUAGAGAAAAUUUGGAAAUUACUGGAUGAGACCGUCACUAGAUGUGUUAAAUUUCCUUACAAAUAUGUGGAUAUGUCAAGCAACUACGGUCAUGUUUCGCCAUUUGUUGUUGUUAUUUCCGAACAGUGGAAGUAUGUUGACAAGAAAACCCCUUAUGAUGCUAUUGCCAAGUGGAUGAUGCUUUUCUUUAGAAAUAUGAUCAUUCUUGGAGAACCACAACAGGGAAUUUUGGAUCUUGCCAUGAAGCUCGAUGGAAUAGAGCAGUCCUUGAUCAAGCGGUAUCUAGCUACUGACAGGUAUGAGGAGAGCGUUUCUAAUUUAUCUGCAGCCGAAUAUCUCUUGAGUUCAAACACUGACUUUUCGUUUGCUGACUAUAUCUCAACCCUGCCUGUAACUGCCAUUGUCACAACAACAAGGUACCCGGUUAAUGAUCUAGAUGCCGCAUCGCUAUUGUUUAGGGCCGGGACCAUUUUACGCGCAGAUUCUCUACCACUAGGGAAAUAUAACACAGCAGGUGUUUUCGAUAAACUUCUUUCCUUGGUUGGGAAUUAUGCCCUGUCCAACAAAUCCUUUUUGGAUAAGUUUAAACGCCAGCGGGUCUUCAAAGAUUUAGUUGUUCCUAAACAUUUUAUUGAGAAUACCGUUGCAUUUGAAAAAUACCUAUAUUUGACAUCUCGCUUGGCCCAGAUUUAUGAACAGUUAGAAACAGAUAUUAGCGAGUUCCAAGAGUACGCAUAUGACCUAAUCGCCAAUAAGCACCAUGAAUACACUAAGCUACAGUCAGGGGACUUAAUACUAUCCCUAUGCGGCGUCUUAUCCGUCGUGCAACUGAAGGAGUUAUUAGAUACUGAGACAGUCACGGAUACUGCUACUUUGGCAUUUAUCAUUUCGAAAUUAUUUGAAUCGCGCCAGGCGAUUUCCGGCCAACAGUUAUUAAUGCUCUUAAAAUUGAAGGAUAAUAAAAUAACGAAUCUACUCGAACACUUUAUAUCAUCAAAGUUAAUUGAUGAUAUAGAUGUGGAGGCGACGCUUUCCGAAACUGUGCAUGAGCCUGCAAGUGUUUCUCUCGUCCAGAAAGUUCUUUUAUAUCCGAAUGCCGUUAAUAUAUUAGUGAAACAUCUUCCAGGGGUACAGGAGCGGCAAAACAUUAUUGGGCUUGCAAGUGUAAUAACUGACUUCGAUAAUGAGCUAAUUUUGAAAUUUCUUUCAGUUGCUUUAACUCUUGCAUUCGAAAACUUGAACGUGCUAGCUGGUGAUGAAUUGGCGAAUGCUAUGAGAUUAUUUUGCAACAACCACCAUCUCCUUUCCUCCUCCGAUAGGAACUCCAUCUUAACAUUCGGCAUUUCUAAAGCAGAACUGAAGUAUACCGCUGAAAUAUGUCGCUUUGUUCGUAUGUGCCUACCCGUCGAUAAUGCGUUGGUUAAAGAGUGGCUUGCAAAGAGUGUGCUUUUCAUUACUAAGAACUUUGCUGAACGCGAGCACCUAUCGGAGCACUUUGUUGAGUUUCUGCUUCAAUUCAAGGAAAUACUGCUUAUUAGCGAUAUUUGGAACAUUGUUAAUAAAGCUUCAUUGAACUCUCAGUUGGAGGUGAUUCUAAACAAAAAAUGGGUGACUGACACACGGGUGCUUGAAUAUGCCAAUUUAUUGCUACUUGGAGGCAGUAAGCAUACCGUGGAAAGUACGAGAUUACUGCAGAUAUUUAUUAACAAUGAGGGCCAAGCCCUGAAUGGUGCUGACUUUGACUGUUAUAGAAAGUAUCUUUCCGCCAUGAUCAUCUACAACUUGUUCAACAAAGAUAUUUCUAAAAAUUCAACUGCUGCGAUUGAACUCCAAAUUAUCAAUUUCUAUAGUGGCAUGGCGACCCCACAAGAUCGGAUAUUGUUACACAUAUUGGAGGUAAUUGAAUCGAAACUAUGUCUUUCUUGGGUUCGCAAUGUCUGCUCCUGGGACUUCGUUGAGUCCACCUCUUAUGAGACUGAUCUAGGCGGUCCUGUAAAGCUAUUGCAGAAGGAGAAGGAAGGGUAUGUUAUUACCUUGAGCAAACAGAUGAUAGAGGCCACUCUCAAGCAUUACCCAAGGCUAGAUUAUAUGAUUCCAGAGUUCAAUGGCAAGUCCACAGGUACUGCUUGGCAAUUGUUGCAAAAUUUCUACGAUAGCUACAAGCUAUCUUCCCCCAACCCUGAGGUGUCGGUUUAUGAUCCGUUUUUCAUUUUACUCCUGAUCACUAAUAAUGAUGAACUGCUUAGGGAACAGGUUUUAGAUGACAGUGCCUCUAAUUAUACACUAGAUGUCAAGAAACUUUUAGAUUGCAAACUCCUCCAGCUUGCGGUCAUGUCGCUUUCUGACUGUAGAGAGGUUGUAUUCAAUAUUGCGACUGUCAUGUUAAAUCAGAUGCUACUGACUCUAGAGAACAAACCUACCUUUAAGGAAUCCAACAUCUUCAAGAUUUUACUAACAAAAAUUCUUUACUUAUUUGUGAAAGAAACCAAUGGAAGGAAAUUGAGCAGAAGUGAUGUACCUCCGGUGGUCUAUUAUGCGUUGGCCAGGAUCGCCGAUCUGUUAAUGCAACCCAAAGCGCCUCUUUACGAGAAGGCGUACAGAUGGGUACUGUCUUCACCAUUUAUUCGUACGAGGGAGAUACCGUUUUUACAUGAAAUAAUCCCAAACAACUCAACAUCUCCCAAUGAUGGGUACUACACCUGUUUGCAGUGGAUUUUGGAGACCCUUCAGCAUGGCAUUAACAGUGAAAGGGACGUCUGGCUAUUAAAAACCACCAACCUUAUCGAGUACAUAUUCAAUCUGCAAAACUCGCCGUAUUUGAAUCCAAAACUGCAGAUGUUGUUGAGUGGUUUCGUCUUUAAACUCCAGAGAGUUGAGUCAGGUGGGUCUACUCUUAUUUCUAGAUUUGGUGGUAUAUCUCAGUUAGAGGUCAGAAGCUCUGAUAUUCAUCAUAGGACUCUCGAGUUAGAGGGUAGUCUAUCAGUCAAUGCCAAAAACAAAAAACAUCUAAAAGAGCACAUGUAUCUGCGGCAACAGAACCUGAACUGCCAGGAAUUAGGCUUUGGAUACUCAGUGAUUGUGAACGCACAAAAGAGGCUCUUAGAGUGGACAGAGCAUGAUCAUCAUAACAUUCAGAAAAGAUUGCGCAAGUGA